CGAAUCUUUCAAUCUCGGUCGUCGUCCCCGACACCCCGAGCAGCUAUUAAUUCCCUCCCCUGUUUCACCUCUGCUCAGCUUUGACGACGAAUCCUGAGGAACAAGAUGAGCGAUUUCUACUACGAGAUCGACGACCUGCUCGAUUUCCUCAACGAGGAGGACGAGGAGAAUGCGUUAGUAAUGGUGAAGAAGCCCUGCAAUGAAACAGGGGCUUUCCUUCUCCCUCCCCUAACUCCUCCUCCGGCCGCCUCUCCAGGCGGCGGCGGAGACCACUACCUUGAGUGCUCUAGUAACCAAAAACAAUUUGAUGAGAAAUUGGAUUACUCGACGCCGGCGUUCCUCGAAGAGUGCGAUUCCUUUCUGGUCGACGUUCCACCCCCGAGCGCCGCCAGCGGCGCCGCCAAUAUCGAUGCUUUCGUGCGAGACUCGAGUCCGAUCUCCGUUCUCGAACCGGCCGCCAAUUCCAGUGGGGACUCGUCUUCUUCUUCGUCGUCGUCGUCUCAAUCUUCGACUUCGGCUUCCCAGUCCUGCGGCAGGGCGUUCCCCGCCCGCGCGCGCAGCAAGCGCCGCCGCCGCAUCCCCGCCGCCUUCUACCUCCCUUCUCCCCCCUCGCAUCCCAUAAACGAGAGCUUCGGCGCGUCCGAGUCCUUACCUGUUCCGAAGAAGAAGCUAAAGAUCAUAAUAAAGAGCUCGGCGGCCAACGCGGCGACCGGGACAGAGGAGGAAUCGGGUUCGCCGGGGUUGAGGAAAUGCACGCACUGCGGGAUACAGAAGACGCCGCAGUGGCGAGCCGGGCCGACGGGGCCGAAGACGCUCUGCAACGCCUGCGGCGUCCGCUACAAGACCGGGCGGCUGUUCCCGGAAUACCGACCGGCGGCCAGCCCCACCUUCGUGCCCGACCUCCACUCCAACUCACACAAGAAAGUGGUGGAGAUGCGGAUGAAGGCUUCCUCCACGGUCGUCGGCGCCGGCCACGACGACGGCUGCGACCUCCUCCAGCAUAUUCGCCGCCCGCAUUGACGCUAUAAUUACUAUUAAGUACCUUUGUUUUUGGAGGGUGUCCGAAAGGGAAAUAUUUUUAAGCAAUUUAUGCGUUAUCAAUUAUCACUUUAUUAUCAUUAUUAUUUUCAUUAAGUUUAUAUGUAGGGAGUUAGGACAUAGCGAUUAUUUAAUUAAG